AUGUCUGCUUUCGGGCUGGCUGAGCAGGAAGACGAGAAAUUCCAGCCCGCAGUCGGCCCAGCCUUCAACCUUCCAAGCAUCGACGCAGAAUGCAUUGCCGCCAUUGCACUCCUUCGUGCCCAACACGAGGACGGUUGGACCAUCACCCCGAAUCACGAUAUAACCAUUCGCCUACCAUACCUUGCUACCGAUGACGACAAGCACAUCCACGGUUACAACAACAUUGCCCGCUAUGUUACCAGCCACUCCAACACAGUUUCGCCAAUAACGGACUCCCAACGCGCCGACUCGACCGCCUUGUCCUCCUUUCUGACCGUCCACGCGCAAACGCUCCUUGACAUCUCCCUCUACGUCUCCUAUGAGAACUACGCCACAACUCGCUCUGCAUACACCAAGAUCCUGCCCUGGCACUCCAACUACAUCCUGCCACCAAAGUUCCGCGCAGCAGCCCGCAAGCGAACGGAACAACUAGGCGUCUCCAGCAUCGACGUCGAAGAUGUCCACGACGACCUCAUGGACCGGCCGCAAGGCUUUGACACGGGUGUUGGACAGGAGAAGAAGUUUGAGGCAGAAACGCAGAAACGCGCCAGCCUACUGUUGGGGAGACAGGAUACCGUAAGAGGGCUGUUGAGGAAAGGGCAGGGUGGAGCGUUGUUCAAGCUACAUGCGCUGGCGGACAACUGCUUUGAGGUGAUGAGAGAUAUGCUGGGUGAGAAGGAGUACUUUCUAGGUACGAAAGAGCCAACGGACGUCGACUGUUUGGCGUACGGGUAUUUGAGCUUGAUGUUGUACCCGCAGCUGCCGCAGGAUUGGCUUGGGAAGAUCCUGAGGAAGAAAUACCCAGCUCUGGUGAACUUCACGGAGAAAAUGCAUGAGAGGCUGGGCCUGGCUACGAAUGCUGAUGCAGUCAUGGGUCUAGCAAGCUGCGCCAGCAAUGGAGAAGUUGUCGAAUGGCGUAAAUCGAAGAAGCUGCAACUGCCCUGGCAAGCACCUGCCUCCGCAGGCUUCGUGGACGUAACGACAACCGUGGCACAAGACCUACUAUCCCGCAUUCCACUCCUGGCCCCAUCCACAACUAUCAUCACUACUGGCAAGCAGAAGACACCAGCAUGGCGGACAUGCCUUCCAGCUACAUUGCUCGCAGCCGCCGUGGGCUUGGGAUCCUUCGGUUACUACGCCUUCACGACUGGACUUUUGAUCUGGCCCCACGGACAACAAGUACACAUCUUCGGCCGCAAACGCCUGACUGACUACGGACAUCUCGGGGCCGCUCUGGCGGGCGUGAGUCUGUUGAGCCAACAAGCAUCGCAAGCACGGCAGGAAUAUGGUAACAGUCAGGAGGAUCACUUGAACGUUGGGCCGGUGAAGGUGGAAGUUGAGGUGGAGAAGGAGGAUGCGCCGUGA